CUUGUUAUUGUUUAUUCGUAUGGUAGCCGAAAAAGCAACUUUAGUUUUAGGUGGUGCAGCUCUAGGCGCUGUUUCUUUCGCAGCCUAUCAAAAGCUUACCCAAAAAAAGCCUACAGCACCUGCUAUCUACAGAGCACCCACACCACCAGCACCAGUACCAACACAACCUCAACAACCUUUUAUCAAUAACAUGGAAAAGGCAAAGAAUAUCAUGCCUUUUGGUUUGCCCGGUCCUGUGAACGAUUUGGUUUACCGUAGUGCCUAUAUCACUUCUUAUAACCGUCGUGACCGUAACCCCAACUGGGUUGCUGAACAUUUGACACAAGCUAGUUUGAAGCGUGGUCCCGACGUAGAUAGACAAAAAUCGACUUUCAGAGAAGACGACAGCGUACCUGAGAAGUUUAGAGCUAAAUUGAAUGAUUAUUUCAGAAGUGGAUUUGAUAGAGGACACAUGGUCCCUGCUGCUGACGUCAAGAACAGUCAAGUCUCUAUGGAUGAAACAUUCUAUUUGACCAAUAUUGCACCUCAGGUUGGUCAAGGCUUCAAUCGUGAUUACUGGGCUCAUCUUGAACAUUUUUGCAGAGAAUUGACUCAAAAAUUCUCUGAUGUCUAUGUGUUCACUGGUCCUUUAUAUUUACCCCAUCAAGAAGCUGAUGGCAAAUUUUAUGUCAAAUAUCAAAUGAUUGGCAACCCUCCCAAUGUCGCUGUACCUACUCAUUUUUACAAGGUCAUCUUGACACACCAUCAAGGUCGCUACACUGUGGGUGCAUUCGUGUUACCCAAUCAACCCAUUCCCGAUCAAACACCCUUGACAGCAUUCAAAGUACCCCUAGACGCUGUUGAACGCGGAGCAGGUCUCACUUUCUUUAAUCAACUCAACACUACUCAAUUGCCAGACUUGUGUAGAGAAACAGAAUGUAAAUUAACCAUCAGAAAAUUCAAUGAUGCACAAAAGAAGUUAUCUUAAAAGCAACGGAACU